AUGCUACCCUCUGUAACGCCUAUUAAAGAAUUUCAAUCGUAGCCAUUAGUUAGAAAAAUCAUGAAAUCUUAAUUAGAAAGCACAAUAAAAUCAAAUAAGUCUUCAUCUGAUAUCAUUAAUAAAUAAUGCAAAUCCUCUUAUUAACAUUAUAGAAAAUAGAACAACUAAUAAGAGGAAAUAUAAGUUUAAAAACUCUUUUUUAGGAAUCGUGAAAGCUCUUCAAGAGAUACUCCUCCAUCAUUUCUUAUUACAAAACAUUUUGAAAGUAGAUAAGAAAUGAAGCCGCUAACUAUUGAAGAAACUAAAUACUAAGAAAAAAUAGAAUUUCAUGGCAAAAGAAUGAAAUUAAAUUAGGAUUCUAUUGAAAACAACCUAAUGAAAAGUUUCUAACGCUUUAGAUUACAAGAAAAUGUUUGUUAAAGAUCAAUAGUAACUUCAUAAAGAGCCAAACGUUCUUCCAUUACUAUGGAAUAGAUAUCUACAAGAGAUCGUUUUUUUACAAAAUCAGCAGGGUAGUUUUUGUAAUAACUAUUUUAAGAAUGCGACAAAUUGUUAUUGUUAAUCAAUUAUAUCUAAAUACAAGUUCGUUACAAUAUAUAUUUAUGUAUGUACCUGAUCAUUCAAUUAAAGAUAAAUCGAUUUUUGAAGAAUUCACUUCAGUUGUCAAGAAUAGGUUAAUAAUAAUUUAAUGUUUAGGCUUAAAAUUAAUUCCAAAAAAAUAUACUUCUAUUUAAAAGAUGGAACACCUGUAUAUUCCCAUUUAGAUAUACCACCAAAAUAGAGUGUUCUAAUUUAUUCAACAUCUACUGUAUAUAAAUAGAUUUUUAAUCCAUAAUUAUUAUAUCUCGAAAAUUGUUGUUCCCUUUAUAAUUGUGAAGAAAUUACAAAGAAAAAUGAACCAGAUUAUACUUAAUAAAUUGAUAGCAUUAUUCAUACAUUAGUGCAUUAAAAUUAUUAAUCUAUUGAUGAUGAAUAUUAAGUGGAUAAAGUUCCUGAAGAAAUAGAAAUUAAUUAAUAAUUUAUGAAUUCUAAAGAACUUAAACAUUCUUAUAAAGAAAUCAAAAGAAAUAAAAAUUUUAAACCUAUUAUCAAUAAAAUGUUCUAACCUUGUAAUGCUGUUAAAUAAAAGAAUUAUCUUUAAUAAUAUAUGAAUGAUGAAUAUAUAAUUAAGAAUCCUAAAAUUGAAAAAUUAGAAAAAAUAGAAGGAUGGUAUGAAUAAGAAUUGAAAAAGAUUAAAUUUAAACCAGAAGAAGAAAAUUCAAAUGAAGAUUUAAUGGCUGUUCAUGUUGAUAGUAUUUCAAGUCAAUAAACUAUUGAAAAGUAUUUAAUAUAUUAUAAUUAGUUAAAUAUCUUAAGCAGCUAAAUUAUUGGAACCUCUUUUAAAGAAAUUCUUAAAUAAUAAUAGUGGAUACUCAAAAGAGGAUGGACCUGAAGUCAAUUUUAAUAAUGAUGAAGAAGAGGAAAAAGCAUAAACUAUUAAUCAUAUCUAAUAGAAUAUUAGGGAAUUAAUAACAAAUAAAGGAAGUCUCCAUAAAUUAUUAAAAAUUAAUAAAGAACUCUUUAUUUAGGGAAUUCCAAAGAUAUUAUCUGAGACUAAUUUCUCUAGAUAUGAAUUACAUAAUACUUAUAUACUUUAUUGUGCCUUACAAUAAAUCACAUCUUAACGUUAUAGAGCCUAUAAUGUAGAUGAUGGAGUAGAUUAUAAUACAUAUAGAAUGGGAAUUUAUUAGAUAUUUAUGCAAAGUGAAUAUUUGGCUUAAGAAAUCUUUAAUAAAAUUGAUUUUAAUUAUAGUGGUUUUUUGAAUUGGAAUGAAUUCUUAAAAUUAAUGGUCAGUAUUAGAGCCAAAACAUUGGUUUAGAAAUUAGAUUUAUUUAUUUAAAUUUCAGAUAAAGAUGGUAAUGGAUAAUUAUGUUGGGAUGAAAUCUUUCAAUUAUCAAAAGUUUGUUUAUCAAAAUAUAUACAAAAUAGUGAUGAUUUUUUGGAUAUGCUUUGUGAAUAUUAUACUAGAUUAAUAUUUAAAGUUGUAGAAAAAGAACCACAUGAAGAAAUUCCAUUUUCAGCUAUUAAAGAUGCCAUUUUAUAGUAAAAAGAAGAUUCAGAUUUACUUUGCAUGUUUUGUGGAGCUGAUAUUUGA